AUGGCACACGAAGGGACCACUUUCUUCGGUUGGGCUUCGAGCCAGGGUGUUUCUUUUUGGGAAGUCAUGGCUCGCAACUUUACUCACCACGGUCCGCUGCAAACAUCGAGCUGUGUACAGUUAACUGCAGAAGAAAACCGGCUAGAUAUACUCCUUUCGCCCACACAGUUCGGACUACUCUCUGGGUUGGUGUUAUUUCUAUUCCUGAGGCACAAAAUAGCGCGAUGGAGAGAAGAACAUAGCCACCUGAAAGUGACCAGCAAUGACGACAUACGCCGUGCCGUUUACACAUUCCUUGCGUUUCUUGAGUUUCUAGUGAUUUCUCCACUUUUGCUCACGAUUGUACUGGUCUUCCAAGUUUAUCGCAUUGUAAUACAGACAGUAUUGCAGUACCGCUACGGGAACCAUUUCAAAGGAUUGCUGGAUGGUGCAGAUGUCGUUUGGGCAAUUGAGGAUCAAAACUCUCGUGGCAUGAUUAACAUUAUGGCAAACGUGGAGGAACCCUUCACAGACUGGAGUUCAGUUGACGGUUCUAUGAGCGCCGGUAUUUUGUUGACAUUGCGCAAACGUAUAUCAUCGCGUCUGAUGCGCAACCAUCAGCCACAUCCAAAAAUGUUCUGGAAACGUAAUGUAGAACUUGGGUACUACUUUUGGUCCGACCAAUCCGAGCUGACGGUGGAGGACUACAUUCGCUACAUGGACACUAUUCCCCUCGCAACGGGAGUGCGUUUCAUCGAGGAAAACCAGUUACGAAGCUUGCUGAGUAAAAUUAACAAUCGUCAUCUUCCGGCAGAUCAUACCGCCUCGUGGGAAGUUCUUGUUGGCAAGCAACCUAUGUUUGAUGAGAAACGGAAUAUACUUAAAUACCCUAUCUUAUUUCGCGUUCAUCACUCAUUAGGUGAUGGGGUAGCCUUGAUGCGUUUGCUACUGGAAGCGAUCGUCGACAAGGAGGUACCAUCACGGUGGAAGCAUCUGUCUAAGUUGAAGGUCAUGAACAUUAACUACAUUUUGAAGCAGCAAAAACCUGCCAACCAUCAUCGUUUAGCUGUAGCCGAGACAUUCUUCCAUCACGUGCGAAAAAGUCUCCCGUCUGCGGCAGAGCUAGCAACACAGAGGGACAAGCUUGUCAGAAUGCUCUGGACAAUUUACACGGCUCCUGCCUUUUUUCAUGAUGUCUCGCGACGUCAAGCGGACAACAACUGUAUACAUGCAUCACAAAUGGCCAACGACAAGGUGGUCAGCUGGAUACACGAAGAUCACAAUAGUGGCACAAGCUGGGUUGAGAUUAUCAAACGCACGAAGCGACUUCUUCCAGGGACUAGGUUCUCGGACGUUUUUCUCACUGCACUAUCGUCCAGUUUGGAAGUUUAUUUCAGCAAGCAAACUGGCAAACCACCGAAAAAUCUCACUGUCGUACUACCAGCAAGAAUAGAAAAAGAAACGCCUCACUUAAGGCUACACAAUCGGUUUUCGGUAGCGCUACAGACGCUUCCCAUAAGCCCCGGUAUACUGUUGAACGAUACAAACAGACAUUACGCGCUUGCUAAACGUAUUCUAGCGGUUAAACGAUAUUCGGACGGAUUGCGCUCUUCAUCCGACUAUUUGAUCAAUUACUGGAUCAUGUCAAAAAUGACUUGUCUCUUUCCGGAGGCCAUACUGAGAAAAAUUUUGAAAAGCGCACACAGCACACUCGCUAUUUCGAACCUACCUGGACCACAGCAGUUGCCUCGUAUUCAGGGCAGGGAACUGAAAAACCUCAGUUUUUUCAUUCCAAACCUUGGCACCACCGCCGUUGGGAUUACGCUUCUUUCGUACGGUGGCAAACUUCAACUUGGAAUACUAGCUGACCGUGCGGUUAUUCGCACAGAGGACGCAGCUCAUAGCAUUCUAUUGGGAACUAUCGAAGAGAUCGAACGAAUGGGCCAGUUAUUGGAGGAGGUGUAAUUGAC